UUAGUGCUCCUUUAAUUCAACUAUCCUUCUCCUUAUAUCGAAAACUUAACUAUUCUUGAUGGAUAGAUCGAUUCUCGAUGGACAAAGUUGGGAAUUAAUAAAUUGGUCAAUGAAUGAAAUCAAUACUUCUACUAAAACUUUGAAGUCCAACGCCCCGUUUUAGGAGACCCGAGCGAUCAUCGUUGGACUCUGUUUCUCUAAUGAUAAUGACAAGGUUAUUUUCUCCAAUCAUCAUCCUUUUUUCUUACGUUUCCCCCUGAAUUCCCGGUGGAUUCACAGCUCAACAGGGGAAAAAGAUCAAGAAGAGUUUAUCCAUUUUUGCAAUGGAUCAGAUUGAUGAUUCCAUGCGGAACCAAAUAGCAGCACUUUUGAGAGUUGUAAAUUUCACAAGAUGCUUUAAAGAAGACAAUGUUCCAUGUAAAAUAGAAGAGGGUCUCUUUUUGGGUUCUGUUGCGGCUGCUUAUAAUAUGGAUGCACUUAAACAUUUAAAUAUCACACACAUCUUAACAGUGGCUAGUUCUCUGAAACCUGCACAUAGCAAUGACUUUGUGUACAAAAUUAUACCAGUUUUGGACAAAGAAGACACAAAUUUAAGUCAGUACUUUGAUGAAUGUUUCGAUUUCAUUGAUGAAGCAAAAAGACAGGGUGGUGGUGUAUUGGUUCACUGCUUUGUUGGAAAAUCAAGAAGUGUGACCAUUGUUGUUUCCUAUCUAAUGAAAAAGCAUGGUAUGAGCCUAUCACAAGCCUUGGAACAUGUGAAGAGCAAACGACCACUGGCAGCUCCUAAUUCUGGUUUCAUCCAACAAUUGCAAGAGCUUGAAAAAUCUCUUCAAGCCAACCAAGAACAGAUGAAAAAUAACGAAUGAAGAAAAGCUUACCUGUGGAGAAUCACUUGUUAGAAAAACAGUUGGCCCGAGAUAUUGAUGAUCAAAUACAUCCAAUAUGCUAUAGAUUUACAGGCUUGCAGUUGCAGGGCACCAUUUCUGCAAAAUGUCACAGUCCAACAUUGGAUGUAUCAGCUCAUAUCAGCACUGGACCUGAAAAGGGUGCAAGGGAGAGUCUCCUCUGUAUUUCUUUCUUUUUUAGUCAGUAGAAAUUAAACAAUAAAAAGGGAGCAAUUUCAUGGUCAUGCUUGUUGUGUUUA